AUGAGUACUUUGAGCUGGAACUGUCGUGGCUUGGGUGAUCCACGUACAGUUCGAGAGGUGCUGGAUAUGGCAUCCAGAAAGAAACCUGAUUUUAUCUUUUUAAUGGAGACAAAAGUUGCAAGAGAUCAUGCUGAGCGGUUACGUGUGAAGUUAGGGUUCCAGGGGUUGUUCUAUGUGGAUAAUAGGGGGCGGAGCGGUGGAUUGGCUCUAUUCUGGAGAACGAAUGAUACAGUGCGUCUAUUAAGUUACUCUCGUAACUAUGUGGAUGUGGAAGUUCGGGUAGAUGGUCUAGCACCCUGGAGGAUGACGGGUUUUUAUGGUUUCCCGGAUUUUGGUGAUAGGGAGGAGUCUUGGAAUCUUUUGAGACGCUUAAGGUUCCGUUCUAUGUUACCUUGGGUAGUCUUGGGAGAUUUUAAUGACUUACUAUUUCAGUAUGAGAAAAGGGGGCGGUGCAGGCAUCCGGAAUCUUUGUUGAGGGGUUUCGGUGAAGCGCUGGAGGAUUGCGGCCUGAUACAGAUACCCAUGAUUGGUUAUCAGUUCACAUGGGAGAAGGGGGAGGGGACAGAGGAUUGGGUGGAGGAGAAGUUGGAUAGAGUGGUGGCGACUGAUGAGUGGCGGGGAGUGGUGGAAGGGGCCCGGGUAUAUAAUGUUCUGACUAGAAGAUCGGAUCACUCCGCUCUCUUUCUAGACAUUCGGCCAGGAGAGGGAUUCCGGGGUGGGUCGCGCCAGUUUCGUUUUGAGAUGGCCUGGCUGCUGGAUGAGGGUUGUAGGGAGGUGGUGGAGGAGGCGUGGGGUGGAAGGUUUGCAGGCCCGGAUAGAGAGAUGUGGUAUAAGGUUGCAGAGGUGGGGUGGUGA